GGGCUCUAUGGAAGGAGAAAAAAAGACAACACGAGAAAAAUUAGUAUUUUCUACCUUCAGAAAUUAAUGGCCAUGAGUUCGUAUAUGGUGAACUCUAAGUAUGUGGAUCCUAAAUUUCCUCCUUGCGAGGAAUAUUUACAGAAUAACUACUUAGCUGAGCAGGGCUCCGACUAUUACAGUGCAUCGCAAGGCUCUGAUUUUCAGCAUCAGGGAAUCUAUCCACGGUCAAACUACAGCGAGCAGCCCUUUAGCUGUACCAAUGCCCAAGACUCUGCAGUGCAGCCGCGGGGUCAUGGACAGGAGCAAUCCGGCCCACCGAGCCACUUCCCCGGUCAAGCAGAGCAUUGUCUGCCGCCUCCAAUAUCCAACUCGCGAGCUUGCAGCCAGCAGCAAAACCUCAAAACCCCAAACGGGUCAGCAAUUAAACAGCCAGCAGUAGUUUAUCCCUGGAUGAAGAAAGUCCAUGUUAACUCGGUGAAUCCCAAUUACACCGGAGGGGAACCUAAACGCUCCAGAACAGCCUACACGAGGCAGCAAGUCCUAGAACUGGAAAAAGAAUUUCAUUUUAACAGGUAUCUGACUAGGCGUCGUCGUAUUGAAAUAGCCCACACUUUGUGUCUCUCUGAACGCCAGAUCAAGAUCUGGUUUCAGAAUAGAAGAAUGAAGUGGAAAAAAGACCACAAACUGCCCAACACUAAGGGUAGGUCUUCUUCAUCUGGUUCAAACCAACAUUUACAGACUGUUUCCAAGGACCAUCACACUGACUUGACAACUUUAUAG